CCAGCAAGAAGGGUGCGUGGGGGCCCCCGGGCAGCCAGCGCCCUGCAGCACAAGCCGCUGCGAUGCUCCACUCCCUUGGCGUUCACACCUUGCAGCUGCUCACCCAGGCGGCCGCCUGCAUCCUCCUCUUCCCCCGCUUCCUGCUCACGGCCGUGAUGCUUUGGCUCCUGGAUUUUCUGUGCAUUAGGAAGAAGAUGCUGACGAUGCCCACGGCGGAGGAGGCGGCCAGCGCCAGCGAGGGGCCGCCCCCCGACGACCCUCCGGUCUGCGUGUCCGACUCCAACCGCAUGUUCACGCUGGAGUCGCUGAAAGCCGUGUGGCACGGCCAGAAGCUGGACUUCUUCAAGUCGGCGCACGUGGGCUCCUUGGCCCCCAAUCCCGAGGUGAUCCAGCUGGACGGGCAGAAGAGGCUCCGCAUCCUAGACUUCGCCCGCGGCAAGAGACCCCUCAUCCUCAACUUCGGCAGCUGCACCUGACCCCCGUUCAUGGCCCGCCUGAGGUCCUUCCAGCGCCUGGCCGCGCACUUCGUGGACAUUGCCGACUUCCUGCUGGUGUACAUCGAAGAAGCACACCCCUCCGACGGCUGGGUCAGCUCGGAUGCAGCCUACAACAUCCCCAAGCACCAGUGCCUCCAGGACAGGCUGCGGGCUGCUCAGCUGAUGAGGGAAGGGGCGCCCGAUUGUCCCCUGGCCGUGGACACCAUGGACAAUGCUUCCAGCGCCGCCUACGGUGCUUACUUCGAGAGGCUCUACGUCAUCCAGGAGGAGAAGGUGAUGUACCAGGGAGGCAGAGGACCAGAGGGCUACAAGAUCUCAGAGCUGAGGAGCUGGCUAGACCAGUACAAAACGCGGCUCCAGAGCCCCAGCACCGUGGUCAUCCAAGUGUAAAAAGGACCUG